CGUAGUGUCGCCCAUAACAGCGAUUGUCAAGAAUGACCACGAACAUGAUGUUGAAUAAACCUAAUGAGUGUGUUGACGAUGCUCUAGCAGGGUUAAUUUCGUCUGUUGCAGGGGUUAUACAACUGAAAGGACACAGAGUUAUUUUAAGGGAAGAUGUUGAGCAGCUGAAGCGUGAACAGAAAGUUACCCUUCUCUCUGGCGGAGGCUCUGGUCAUGAACCAGCUCAUGCAGGUUAUGUUGGAAAAGGGAUGUUAACGGGUUCGAUUGCCGGUUCUGUUUUUACUUCUCCGCCAACUAAAAGCAUUUUGGCUGCCAUCAAAGCAGUUGGAACUGGAAAUUCAGCUGGUACAUUACUCAUAGUGAAAAGUUACACUGGAGACCGUCUGAAUUUUGGCAUUGCUGCUGAAAGAGCCAAAGCAGAGGGAUUAAGGGUAGAAAUGAUUGUAGUUGGCGAAGAUUGUGCGUUAAGCAGUGAAAACAAAAUGGCAGGGAGGAGAGGAUUGUGUGGUACCAUACUAAUUCACAAGGUGGCUGGUGCACUAGCAGAGGAUGGAAAAUCGUUAGAAGAAAUUAUUGAUGUAGCGACAAGAGUUGCCAACAGCAUGGGAACCAUCAGUGUGAGCCUGUCACCCUGCUCGCUCCCUGGCUCUGGGCCAUCAUUUGAGCUUGGCCACAAUGAAAUGGAGCUUGGCUUAGGGAUUCAUGGCGAAGCAGGUAUAAAGAGAAUAAAGUUGCUUUCAGCCUGUGACACAGUAGCUACCAUGUUGGAUCAUAUGACUGAUGCAUCUAAUAGGUCACGGUUGGCAAUCAAAGAUGGUGAUCAUGUAGCGUUAGUUAUCAACAACUUAGGAGGAACAUCAUACCUUGAACUAAACAUUGUGGCAAAAGAAGCCAUUGAAUAUCUAGUGGGUAAAGGUGUUUCUGUUGAUCGUGUGUAUUGUGGUACCUUCAUGACAUCACUGCAAAUGGCAGGCGUCUCGGUUACCAUCAUGCAUCUGGAUAAUGAAGGAAUGAUCGUCAAAUAUCUCGACAAAGAAACAGCAGCAGUAGCAUGGCCAAAGAUAAGUACUUGCCCUGUUGGUCCAUGUAAGUACCUCGAAAUUCCUGACAACAAAGUGCAAAUGAAAUCAGGUGAAGGUACCCAAGGAUAUACAGAGGAAUUCCAGGUGUUAUCAAGAGCUGUGAAAGCAGCUUGUGACGCUAUCUGCUCACAAGAGGAGCAUCUGAAUGAGCUUGAUAGAGGAGGUGGAGAUGGUGAUACUGGUUCUACCCUCAAGAUAGGGGCUGAAGGAAUACUAUCAUGGUUAUCAACUCAGAAGACCCCACUCUCACCAAGUAGUGUUUCCAUGCAGUUUGCAUCAAUUGCUGAAGAUGUGAUGGGGGGAUCCUCAGGAGCAUUGUACAGCAUUUUCUUCACUGCUGCAAGCCGAGUGUUAAAGCCAACAAACAAUCUUCAGAGUUACAGUGAAGCUUUGAAAGAAGGAAUGGAUGCCAUGAUGAAAUACGGAGGUGCAGAAAUUGGAGACAGAACAAUGCUUGAUUCAUUGAAUGCUGUUUACAAGGUUCUUAGCCAAGAUGGUGAAGUAGGCUCUUGUCUUGCAGAUGCGGCUAAAGCUGCUGAGGAAAUGGCAGAAAAAACAAAGAAUAUGGUUGCAAGAGCUGGCCGUGCAAGUUACGUGAGUAGUGAAAAGGUUACAAAUCCUGACCCGGGAGCUGUUGCUGUUGCAGUCUGGGUUCGAGCUGUUGCAAAUUCGAUGUGCUGAUGAUCUAUUGAUUCAAUAGCAUUUCAGGCUAAAACAAGCCCUGAAAAUAUAUACUAUUUUUAUAUGUUAAAAUAUAACACUAUAUAUAUAUUUUUAUAUUUUGAAUUAUUUAUUUAGGUUACUUGGUACUAAUCUAAAUUAAUUUUUUCAAAUGCAUGUACCAAUUGACAUUUAUAAUCUCAGAAUUUGAAAGUACUGUAUCUACUGUAUUUGCAUUAUGUUUCUGACUUCUGUAAUCAUAUCAGAUUGGCUAUAGAAGUGAGUAUGUUGGGGUAAUUCUUUGUAGAUUAUUUAAGGUGCAACAAAAUCAAUACUUUAUUUUGUAUAUUUCAUUUAACUUAACAAAGAUUACAUUGUUUCUAGUUGAAAGUUUAUAUCCACACUAUUAUUAUUUACCAUCUUGGAAGUUUUAUGUUAUUUAUGUUCUGUUUCAUUUUUCUAUUCCUACAUUCCGUUCAGCAUUUUCAAUUCUUUUAACUAAGAAAGUCAUUUGACAAGCUUAAUCCUCUAUAACUUGAUGUUAUAGUGCCUCCUACAACUUUAUUUUACGCCACUCCCCUCCAUUAAUUCGAAUACUGUGUCGAUCUUUAAACUAAAUAGUUAAUAUUAGUAUGCCUAUCAAUGUCCAAUCAAGAAAAUAAGCUUUAGAUGGCAUUAUAUCUAAAAGAUGAAAAUACAACGUAAAAUUCAAUUCAAUGGAAUUCAAUUCCUUUUAUUUGCUACAAUAGCCAUCAAGGGCCAAUAUCCACACAAAGAAACACGAUACAGUAAAACAAUACAAUAAUUUGUUUAAUAGCAUACGUUACAUCUCUAGCAGCAAAUUCUCUAUUGGUUUUCUACUGCUCUAAAGCGCUAAUACUUCUGUUUCUUUCUUAUAACCUCUUUUUUUCUAAGGGCAUUAGCUAUUGCAAUUCCUGUAGUUCUCCACAUUUCUUUGGUUUUGAUUGACACAAAUGGCAUCAAGGAACCGUAUGCAGAUAGUGCCUCGGCCAUGGGAGCUUAAGUUUUUCGUUCGCCAUUAAUGCAAAUUGUUUGUAUUUCCUAAGGCACUAAUGAAAUUUUGAUCAUGAAUCAAAUUUGCUAUAACAUUAUUUCAUUUUGUAUUGUACUGGUAAACCUGGCAUUUAGGUCCUGACACAAAAUUAUAUUUUAGAACAGGAUUUGGUUACAAAUGGGAAUGUAAAACAUGAUUGUUCAAUGCCAACUGUCCAAUUUAAAUUAAAAUUUGUUGUUGAGGUUAGACCUUUACCUUCUAUAAACCCCUCCAGGCUUUGUCUUAUAGCCUGACUCUAAAGUACCCUACUAUAUUAAAACAAACUUUGCCAGAACUGCAUUUUGUUUCAGUUGCUUUGCAGGUUUACCACCACAUAAACGCACUUUCAUAGAAUCAUACUCAAAUAUUUUCUUUUCAAAAUGUUCACUACAUACUCUCAAAUAAGAGUUAAUGUGGGUUUUGAAUGUCCAUACCAGGCAUAUAUCAUAGAAACAUUAAUUCUGAAGUUCCAUGAGAUGAACAUUCCUGUUCUUCCAAAUCAAAAAGUUCCAAGAAAUCUGCUGGUCGUGGUGGGUUGCUUUCUUGACUCUUGCUUUUCUUUAACCAUGUCCCUUUAGGGGCUCUGUACAUUGGCAGAAGCUGAACAAAAUCAAAAGUAUCUGAGAGAUCAUUUGUAAGCAUAACAAGGUUUUUUAAUCCAUAACAUAAACUCAAAGAGCAGGUGCUGCGUUGUGAAAUCCGCUCCGUGGGUUCGAGGUGAAGAUGGAGGAACAGGACUUUGGGAAUGUCUUCAUGGGUUGUGCAGGUGAAAAAAUCAGGGGCGUAGGCUGGUUGGAGCGUAGGCUGGGGCUGGUGUAGGCCUAAAAAUAGGCCUGCUAUUAGUACUACAAUGGAAAAUUGCAGGGCAGCAAUUAGGCCAAUAAAAGUACACAUAGGCCUAUAAUCCUUUGUUAUGUCUAGUCGUAAAACAAAAUAAAACUCAUUUUUAUCCAAACUGUGAAUAAACACUACAUUAAUAUGAAAUACUGUAAAUACAAUGAAUUCUUUUACUCCUUUAUUGUUUACGUGUCGGCGGUAAUAUGACCACAUACUCGUACGGCCGUCGAGGCGAAUGCAUGAAUGGCCAGUUCAAUCAUACUACGAAGUUGUUAACUGCGCAUGCUUAUGGCUGUGAGCAAAAACUCACGAAGCAUUAUUGGGCAGACUGCAUAAAACUUUUUGUGUCAGUGGAUUGCGACAUUACAACGGACUCCGGUAUCUACACAGGAGCAAAAUGUGCAAUGAACAUUAGAACAGUGGCGUACAACGAAUGAGUCGGAGGCACCUGGCCAGACGCUGGGGGUCGGGGUUGCAAAGGCCCGGUUGUUUCUGGACGUUUUUAACUUCCUAUGACAUAUUUUAAAGUCUUUUUUACAUUUUCGAAUAUUAAGUUUAUGUAUCGUGAUUUGACCGGAGAAAAGCAUUUUUUAACUUAGAUAUCACUAAUAAACAUAUAUUACAGUAAAUACUAAACAAAACGAGCCAAUUGAAAUCAAUAAAUAUUUAUGGACAAAAACACA